AAUGCUAAAACUUAAUCAUCCGCUCUUCGGAUGAGGUCGUAUGUGUUGAUUACAUUCUUGUGAUUGGUUUGAGAUUAUUAGUUUGUCCUCAUUGCCGGUCGUUUUAGAAAAUUUUGACUGUGAUUGGAAGGUAAAAUGAGAAACUUGUCACACUGUUCUUCGGCUUGGAAUGGGGAUAGUCAAUGCGAGAUUAGCGUCAAGCCGGGACCUUUCGUUACAAUGUGGGCUUUUAAACACAAGUUAAUGGUUUAUAAUCACCCAGACGCUACUCAUUAGAUUUUGGAUCUUGCACGAGAGAAGAAAAAAACGGUCAAAGUCGUUGGUGAAGGUCACUCCCCAUCUGAUAUUGUAUGUACAGAUGAUUACUUGAUAAGUAUGAAGAAGUUCAACAGAUUGGUUGAUGUGAACCAUGAGAAGAAUCAGGUAACAGUUGAAGCUGGAAUAACUAUGAAUGAUCUCAACAAGCUACUCAAGGACAACGGAAUGGGAUUUAGCGUUCUUGGGGCCAUUUCGGGAAUCAGUGUUGGUGGAAUGAUAUCAACAGGAACUCAUGGCACUGGCAAGAAUUACGGAUGCUCUUCCACUCAUGUUGUGGACUUGGAACUCAUGACUGCCAACGGUGACAUCAUCAAGUGCUCCAGGCAGGAGAAGCCAGAGACAUUCCUUUGCGCUUGCUGCAGUCUCGGGAGCCUUGGGGUGAUUCUUCGGGUCACACUCCAGUGUGAACCCGCGUUCAACCUGCUGAGCAAAGUCUACCCUGCAGAACUGGAUGACAUUUUGGAGCAUCUUGAUGUGCACUUGUCAUCCUCUGACCACUUCAGAUUUCAAUACUAUCCGUACACCGGGAAGGUAGAGGUUUUCCAUGACAGUCGCACGGACAAGCCUAUCGAGAAGAAAAAGACAAGUUGGUUUUGGGACACCCUGUGUGGCUUCCACUUGUUCCAGCUGCUGUAUUGGAUCAGUUCUUUCAUACCGUUCCUGGUCAAAUACGUUAAUCACUUCAUCUUUUGGCUGCUGCAUUCUAAACAAGAGGUAUAUGUGGAUUGGGCUCCCUCCGUUUUCAAUUUUAAUUGCCUCUUUGAACAAUUUGUGAAUGAAUGGAGUAUACCUAGGGAGAACACGGCACUAGUUUUGAAAGAACUUCAAGCUUGGAUCAUCAAUAACGACUACCCUGCUCACAUUCCCAUUGAGGUCCGCUUCGUGAAGGGCGAUGACAUCUACUUGAGUCCAGCUUCCGGUCGCGAUGUUACAUAUAUCAACAUCAUCUGUUUCAAGCCCUUUGGUAAAUUCGUCCCCCAUGAUGAAUACUGGCGGGCGUACCAGAAGAUAGCCGCUGAAAAUGGCGGGAGACCACACUGGGCAAAGGCCCAUGGACUAACUGGCAGUGAGCUGAAGACGAAAUACCCUAAGUGGGAUGCGUUUUGUCAAGUUCGGGAAAGUUUAGACCCUGCUGGCAUGUUCUUGAAUGAAAACCUCAAGCGGACAUUCAAUUGAUAUGCAGCAGAACCUCUCUAUUAAGGACAUCCUCGGGACCGACAAGUACUGUCCAUUAUAGAGAGGUGUCCUGAUUAGACAGGUCAAAUUGAGUGGAACAACCAAUUUGGGACAAAAAUAGUGUCUUUAAAAGAAAGGGUGUCCUUAUUAGAGAGGUGCCCGCUAUGGAUGAUUCCACUCUAUUGAACUAUGAUAUUGACUAAUGGACUAUGAAAAUUGGCUUGCAAAACCCACCCGCCACUGACAAUGCAAUGGCACAUGUAAAAGGAUUCCGUGUUUUGUCAGUAGGGGGGGUUGUACCAGUCUCGGGGGCUAUGGAGGGCAUAUUUUCAAGUGACUGUGGCUUGACAUGACUGAAGGGCAGAGACAUGUAUUCAUCCAUGACCGGAAGUGUGGCACAGUCACAUAGAGCUUAUCAAAAUGUCAAGUUGUGGUAAAUACAUGGCUGGGAUGGACCAAAGUGGAAUUAAUUCUCAAUCUGUGGUUGAUUCUUAAUCUACAGAGUCAGGCCAUCACAGAAAUAUGCUUUUUGAUAAUAUAUUUAAGAAAAUGUGGUCUCACUGGUCAGUUUAGAACUUGUACUUUUGACAGGGCCAUAUCAAUGCGCCAGUGACGUUUUGAUGGAUAUGGUGUACGGAAAUCUCUUUUUCUGAGGCAAUCGGUAUUGGAAUGUUUUUAAACUUUAUUAUGCUAUUGGCAAAGGGUUCUUCUUGACACAUAUAAAAUUUUGUGCAGAUUGAUUGGUCCAAUGAGUACUUUUUUUACCAAAACUUAUGCACAACAAUGUACACGUAAUGUACACAGGUUUUAAUAGAGGACUCUGGCCUUAAGCAGGGUGUACACUAGUAAAAUAAUAGCAACAUUUUACCAACAAUUUUGCAACAAGCCCUUCAAGGCCCUGUGUACACUAGUAAGAAAAUAGCAACAAAUUAGCAACAUUUUUACAACAUGUUGGUAAAUUGUUGCAAACUUUUUUGUGGGAACAAAAGGCCUGUGUACACUAGUAAAAUAUUAGCAACAUUUUUACAACAUUUCCAGUUGCAACAAAUGUUGCAAAAAUGUUGCGUAGUGUGUACAGAGCAUUAAGAGAUAAAGAAGCCUCUAAGUAUUGAUGUAGUACGUUGUAACAAUGCCUUAAAUUUGUUGGCAUCAAAUUGGAGGUUGUGACAUUGUCCCUGCCCUGGAUGGUCUGUCCGAGGACAGAUUGUGACAAAUGUCACAACCGACAGGUAUCAUUAGCAUUUAUAAGCCCAACCUCCGUGCCAUAUUUAGAUCACAUCUGUAUGUAGUAUCAGCCAAUCAUUGCACGCUUGUAUUAACCCCAUGUUCUUUACAUUUAUGGUGAUAAUAAAUCGGGAGUUAUUUUGGUUGUAGCAC